AUGGCCAAAGAAAAGACUACAAAGAAAUCAACUGGUGGCGCCAAGAAGCUUACACCUUACAAUAGGUUUAUGAAGAGUGAACUUGGCAAAAUUAAGACUGAAAAUCCUACCCUAAAUCAUAAAGAAGCUUUCAAAAUGGCUGCUCAACGUUGGAAAGACUCAGCCGAAAAUCCUAAAAAUCAAACGAAAUAG